CUCACUCUGAGCCCACAAACGCUGCUCACACAUCCAAACGAUGUCUCUUACCAAUCUGUCCAAGCUAUUGGCUUUCUCAAUACUCCUGAAGGCGAGUGUCCAGUUACCAAAUGGAGCACCUAUAUCGGCUUGCCAGUCAAUGAUGCCCGUUCACGAAGGAAUCUCUCCACAGCCAAAUCCAGCACCGUACAUAUUUAAGACUAGUUCCAGCUCGUAUCAAAGUGGAAAACCUAUAACAGUUCAAAUAAUUGGCCCUGCGUACAGAGGUUUCCUGUUGGAGGCUCGGACGUUUCAACAGACCGACCUUCUUGGAAAAUGGCUUCAGCCACCAAAUAAUACUAAGAUCUUACCGUGCCCAGAAAACCCCAAUGGAGCGAUUACGCACUCCAACACCAAUUUAAAGACACAGUCUACAACGUACACUUGGAUGCCGCCAGAUUCAAAGUGCCCACGAGUUAUAUUCUUUGUAGCAACAGUGGCAGAGGCUUAUGAUGUGUAUUGGCUUGGAGUUCAAUCUGCUGUUAUAUGGAAAGAUGCAGCAGCAACAUGCGGUGCGAAUGGGAUUAGCGAGAGAGAAACUCUUUAUACAAUUAUGUUUCUUCAUUUGGGAAUGUUCUUAAUGUUCCAUUUUAACUGAAGUUACGCUUAAAUUAUGCCAGUGUCUUUGUUCUCUCAUCAAGCAAACAUUCUACAUUUCACAGAAUUAAAACAAAAAUAUUGUCCAAAGGAUUCUACUGGGUAUAUGACUGGCAAACCUGAUGUGUUUCUUUGUGGCACCAUCAUUGUUCUGAGCAGAAUUUUCAAAGUUUUUGCUUCUAUCUUUUACUUGUCAUUUAUGCUCAGAACUUCUUUAUUUAAUUAUUUUUGUGAAAUUCUAAAUAAAGAAAA